ACCAAAAAGAAAAAAUAAUUCCAAUACAUAUAAUAGAAUCAAUUUUAAUUAAAAAUCUUUACAAUAAUAUAUCUCCGGUAAAUAAUAUGAUCUCUUAUUGGUAUCAAUCACUAAAGAACGCACACAGAGAAUGUAAUAUUUAUUUCGAAUAAGAAGUAAGAAAUUCAAAGAGUAUUUGUAUAUAUUUACGUAAUUUAUCAUUAAGUGACAUUAAGUGUAUAAUCUAUGUACAUCAAAUCGUAUGAGUCAAGGAUUUCGUGCCGUAUCUGUUUUAAUAUUAAAUGAUAAUAAAUAAAUGAAAAACUCAAAAUCAAAUAGCAAAGCCGAUCAGAGUGAUGAUGAUGAUUUCAAACAUACACAUUCUAAUAACUUUAAGGCAGACGGCGAUUAUAUGAACAGCCUUCAAAACGCUCGGAGCGUUCUCGCUAAACUCGAGAAAACCAUCUACAAAACAAGCAAAUACGAAACGAAGCUGUCACGAUGUAAAUCGGGUCACACACAUUCGCACAGUCUCAACGAGCUGUGGGAAAGCGAUUUCACCGAAGAUACACAUAAGUUGAAAUCUAAGACGGAAAUUAAUAGAAAUGAUGUCGCCAGAUCUUGGUCGACGAUGAGCAUCGUUUGUUUACAAUACCAAUACGAUGAACUUACAAAGCGUUACGAAUCCUUAUUACAAGCCUUCAAUGAACGGUGCGAUGCGGUCAACACAAGAGAUAACGCCCUCAAUGAUCUGCAAAAACGACUGAAUACUUGUCAUAAUGAAAUAAACGAAGUCCAUAAAACACUUAUAGCUGUUUGUGAUAAGUAUUUAGCACUAAAAUAUAAGAAAAAUGUCCAGCUAUCUUCGUUAAACGUGAAGAUUGAAAAACUGAAAAAUAUGAUUAAAAGUGUUCUCAAAUCAGCAGAACAGGCACGAAUUCACUUUGACAAUCAAUUAGCUUGUUACUUGAGCAAAGAAAAGGACGCAAUAUCUGCCACGCUCCUAACUGAAAUAACCAUAUGUAACAAACUAUUUGUGGAAAACUUAAAACUGAAAGCCCACAUCAACGAACUCACGUCUGACGUUCGAAAUUAGUUUUUUUCUUUUUUAAAUAAAACAUGUGCAGUCCAUAAUAUACAUUGCUUUGUAUGAAAUCGUUUUUUUAUUUGCAUAUGUGCACAAUUAACAAAACCGUCGAGAAAAACCUAUAAUCUUACUUACACUGAAUAGGCAAGCAGAAAGGUCUUAUUGCAUAAAAGUGUUGCGUAAGCUUUUCAAAACUCGGUUGAACGUAACUUCAUUGCUUAUAAUGUCAUUUGUGGUUAAUAUGUAAGAUGAGCUAACCAUAGAUCAUACACUAUUAAGCAACAAUUAGCCACAUAUAUUUCGUGUUUAGCUUUAAAAUUCUACGCUCCAACACUGAUGUUUAAUUUGGUGUAGUUUUAGUGAAGGUUAAACGGUCUCCGUUAGCGAAAGUG